GCCCUGGACCGGGGGAGGGGAGGCUGCAGGAAGCGGCGGAUCCGGCGGCGACGGCGGUGGCGGUGGCCGGGGUGGCCCAGCUCCUCCGGCCAUGGAGAGCGCCGCGGCCCAGGAGAACCGGGGCGCAGAGGCCCCGCGCCCGGCCGCGCCCCCGCCCUCGCCCGCGGAGCCCCCAGCCGCGCCCCGCGCCCGUCCCCGCCUGGUCUUCCGCACGCAGCUGGCGCACGGCAGCCCCACGGGCAAGAUCGAGGGCUUCACCAACGUCCGCGAGCUCUACGCCAAGAUCGCCGAGGCCUUCGGGAUCGCGCCCACAGAGAUCUUAUUCUGUACCCUAAACAGCCACAAAGUGGACAUGCAGAAACUCCUGGGCGGCCAGAUAGGGCUGGAGGACUUUAUCUUUGCCCAUGUGCGUGGCGAGACCAAGGAGGUAGAGGUCACGAAGACCGAAGACGCCCUGGGACUGACCAUCACGGACAACGGGGCCGGCUACGCCUUCAUUAAGAGGAUCAAGGAGGGCAGCAUCAUCAACCGGGUCCAGGCCGUGUGCGUGGGCGACAGCAUCGAGGCCAUCAACGACCACUCCAUCGUCGGCUGCCGCCACUACGAAGUGGCCAAGAUGCUCCGGGAGCUGCCCAAGUCCCAGCCUUUCACCCUGCGCCUGGUGCAGCCCAAGAGAGCCUUCGAUAUGAUCAGCCAGAGGAGCCGCGGCAGCAAAUGUCCCACGGAAGCAAAAAUGGCCAGUGGGAGGGAGACCCUGCGUCUUCGUUCUGGGGGGGCUGCCACAGUGGAGGAAAUGCCCAGCGAGUUCGAGGAGGAGGCGUCGCGGAGAGUGGACGACCUGCUGGAGAGCUACAUGGGCAUUCGGGACCCAGAGCUGGCAGCCACCAUGGUGGACACGUCCAAGAAGACGCGGAGCGUCCAGGAGUUCGCGCACCGUUUAGAUUCCGUCUUGGGCGAGUUUGCCUUCCCGGACGAGUUUGUGGUGGAGGUGUGGGCCGCCAUCGGGGAGGCCAGGGAGGCCUGUGGCUAGUCUGCCCCGGGGCCCAGCGCAGCCCCAGCCCAGAACCCUGCCCCCCGCCCCAGCCCGCAGGGCUGGUUCCUGAAGCCCAGCUCGGCCCCAGGGCCCAGCCCGGAUCUGAGACCCAGCCCUGCUCUAGAGCCCAGGCAGGCUCUGGGA